AUGGAUGGAAUAAACGAACUAUUCUUACGACUGAAGAAGAUUAGAGACCAGCUCGAGACUCUACGCUCGGUACAGAAAGGCACCCGCGAGAGGAGAGACCAAAAAUAUCGACAGAUGGACGCCAGCGAAGCAGCCUUCACCAGGGUCUGGCGAGGCCAGUACACGGAGGCGGAGCGCAACUCCGACGCGGGCCGAGAAUACAAGGCUGCGUCUGUCAGGAGAUAUAUGGACGUCUGGGAGGAGAUCCUGAAAUUCGACAAACACCUCAUGCAGCUGGACAAUCAGAUCAACGCCGAGGAAGCCAGACUGAGGGAGGCGCAGCUUGCACUUUGGGACGAACAGGAUCUAAAGAAGAGCUUAAUGUAG